UUUGUCACUAAAAGCUCUCUCUCUCCUUCCUUUUUCGCAAUUCUUCAUUCUUCUCUGUUUUAAUUUUUCCCGUGUUUGAGUUUUUUUUUUUGUCUGUGUUUCUGAUUCUCCGACGAGGAAGAGUAAGAGUAAGAUCAAUAGAAGAACAAGAGAAUUGCUUUUUAUGGGUUGUUUCGGAUGCGGUAAGAGAUCGAGCAAACGAUCGGAGCCCAACAAAGAUAAAUACAACAGCGAUACUGUGAAAAACAAGAAGACCGUCGGUGGUACAAGCGAUAAGAGAGACGAUCAGACUCAAUCCUGUUCAGAUUCGACAAAAGUCAGUCCAUAUCGAGAUGUAAAUAACGAUGCAGUUGUUGUUGUUAAGGAGAAGGAGGAUCAGUUAGCUCUUGACGUCAAGGGUUUGAAUUUAAACGACCAAGCCACAGGGAAGAAAGCACAGACUUUUACAUUCCAAGAGCUUGCAUCUGCCACUGGGAACUUUAGGUCCGAUUGUUUUCUUGGCGAAGGAGGUUUUGGAAAAGUGUACAAGGGAACUUUAGAGAAACUUGAUCAGGUUGUUGCAAUCAAGCAACUUGACCGUAACGGUGCUCAAGGAAUCAGGGAGUUUGUGGUCGAGGUGUUGACACUAAGUCUCGCUGACCAUCCCAAUCUCGUGAAGCUUAUUGGGUUUUGCGCUGAAGGUGAUCAGAGACUGUUGGUCUAUGAGUACAUGCCGCUAGGAUCUCUUGAAGACCAUCUACACGAUCUCCCUUCUGGUAAAAAGCCACUUGAUUGGAACACACGGAUGAAAAUAGCAGCGGGUGCAGCGAGAGGUCUAGAGUAUCUGCACGAUAGAAUGAAACCUCCUGUGAUCUACCGUGAUCUCAAAUGUUCGAAUAUCUUGCUUGGUGAAGACUAUCAACCGAAACUAUCGGACUUUGGUCUGGCUAAAGUCGGACCAAGCGGGGAUAAAACUCACGUCUCAACGAGAGUUAUGGGAACGUACGGAUACUGUGCUCCUGACUACGCUAUGACGGGUCAGCUCACGUUUAAAUCCGAUAUAUACAGCUUUGGAGUAGUUCUUCUGGAGCUUAUCACUGGAAGGAAGGCUAUUGAUAAUACAAAAGCGCGUAAAGAUCAAAACUUGGUCGGAUGGGCACGGCCGUUGUUUAAAGACAGGAGGAACUUUCCGAAGAUGGUUGAUCCAUUGCUUCAAGGACAAUACCCUGUGAGAGGAUUGUACCAAGCGCUUGCGAUCUCAGCGAUGUGCGUACAAGAGCAGCCGAGCAUGAGACCUGUUGUAUCAGACGUAGUGUUGGCUCUCAACUUCUUAGCUUCUUCCAAAUACGAUCCGAAUAGUCCUAGCAGCAGCAGGAGAAGGAACGGUUCUUUUCGCAGAGAUGGUGAAGAGAAGAGACCGGAUCUAGUCAAAGAAGCCGAAUCUGAUGGGUCUUCGUAGGAAGAAAAUGGUAAAAAAAAAAAAAAAAAAAAAAU